CGCAGGUUCCCCGUCAACCCUCCUGAAGGCUUCCCCAAAUUUCACACUACCGUUACCAGCUCUGAGGAAGGCAUUUUUAUUUUAUUGUUUUAAUUUCGGAGUGCAUUACGUACUUGGAAUGCGGUUUGGGUAUUGUAUUGUUAGCUAAGAGAGGCAUGUUUCGGCGCUCGAGCGUGCACACUUACCUUAUCAUGUCGAUAUGUGAGGCUAAUUAAUGCUAAACUGGUUAGGGUUUGUCGUUUUUGCAUUUUGCGUUAAACGUUGGGGUUAACUGACAGGACAGCCAAAGCACAGAUUAAAUAAUGGGAUUGCCUGCUCUGGAGUUCAGCGACUGCUACUUGGACAGCCCGCAGUUCCGAGAGCGGUUAAAGUCCCACGAACUGGAACUGGACAAGACCAACAAGUUCAUCAAGGAGCUUAUCAAGGACGGGAAAAACCUCGUCCAGACUCUCAAAAAUCUUUCUAUAGCACAGAGGAAGUUCGCAGAAUCACUCAACGAAUUCAAGUUCCAGUGCAUUGGGGAUGCUGAAACGGACGAUGAGAUAUGCAUCGCCAAGUCACUGCAGGAGUUUGCUGGUGUUCUUCAGAACCUGGAGGAUGAGAGGACACGGAUGAUUGAUAAUGCAAGUGAUGUUCUGAUCAUGCCAUUGGAGCGAUUCAGGAAGGAGCAGAUCGGAGCUGCCAAGGAGGCGAAAAAGAAAUACGACAAGGAAACUGAGAAAUAUUGUGCUGUACUGGAGAAACACCUCAGUUUGUCUGCCAAGAAGAAGGAGGCACAUCUUCAUGAAGCAGAUAAUCAGGUGGAUCACGUACGGCAGCAUUUCUACGAGGUAUCACUGGAAUAUGUGUUUAAGGUUCAGGAGGUCCAGGAGAGGAAGAUGUUUGAGUUUGUGGAGCCGCUGCUCGCUUUUCUACAGGGACUAUUUACAUACUAUCACCACGGGUACGAGCUAGCCAAAGACUUCAACCACUUUAAGACAGAUCUGACUAUCAGCAUCCAAAACACACGCAACCGGUUUGAAAGCACACGGUCAGAGGUGGAGAGUUUGAUGAGGAAGAUGAAGGAGAAUCCACAUGAGCACAAAAGCAUCAGUCCUCACAUUAUGGAGGGUUAUCUGUUCGUCUUGGAGAAACGCUCUUUCGUGUCCACAUGGACGAAGAACUACUGCACUUACCAGCGGGACUGCAAACGACUCACAAUGGUGUUUUUUGACCAGAAAUCUGGAGGGAAAAUAGGAGAUGAGGAGAGCUUUGUCCUCAAGUCUUGCAUCAGGAGGAAGACCGACUCCAUCGAGAAGAGAUUCUGCUUUGAUGUGGAGCCUGUAGACCGGCCUGGUGUGAUGGUAACCAUGCAGGCUCUGUCAGAAGAAGACCGAAGGUUGUGGAUGGAAGCUAUGGAUGGACGGGAGCCGGUAUACAACUUGAAUCGAGACAGCCAGAACGAAUCCAUGGCUCAGUUAGAUGUGAUUGGCUUCAAUGUCGUCAAGAAGUUCAUUCACGCCAUAGAGACCAAAGGCAUUGAUGAGCAGGGAUUGUACAGACUAGUUGGUGUGAACUCACGAGUGCAAAAACUACUGAGCCUUGCAAUGGACCCCAAAACCUGUGCUGAUUUGGAACUGGAGGGCUGUGAGUGGGAGAUCAAGACAAUCACCAGCGCUAUCAAAAACUACCUCAGAAUGCUGCCUGCACCUCUGAUGACCUACCAGUACCAGAGGAGCUUCAUCAAAGCAGCUAAACUGGAUAAUCCAGAGGCACGAGUGCAAGAGAUCCAUAGUAUCGUUCAUCGCCUCCCAGAGAAAAACCGCCAGAUGUUGGAGCUGCUCAUUAAGCACUUGGCAAAUGUGGCCAGCCACCACCAGCAAAAUCUGAUGACUGUUGCCAAUCUGGGUGUAGUUUUUGGACCGACGCUGCUCCGUCCACAGGAGGAGACUGUGGCCGCCAUAAUGGAUAUCAAGUUUCAAAACGUAGUGGUGGAGAUCCUAAUUGAGAACCAUGAGAGGAUUUUUAAAGAGAUGCCAGUUCCUGCAGAAGGACGGUCCAGCUCACAGGUGAAUGUGAACAGAAGGAAGAGUACAGAGAGCAAGGCCCCGUCCUGCAGUGAGAGACCUCUCACACUCUUCCCCACACCCACACACUCUGAAAAAGAACAAGCAGCGGUGGUGGACAGAAGGAAUAGCGUGCCCUUGAACUCCACUUCUGAAUCACAGUCAGCUCAUUCUUCACUGAACUGUAACAGCACUCAGAAAUGGAGCAGGUUUAAUAACCUGAGCGGUGGAGAUGGAGAGCAGGACAGUCCUGUUCAGAAACGACAGAGCCGGGUCAAUGCAGUUCAAAAUCCAAAGAGCCGUGCUAGCAGUAUAUCAACAAGUCCGGCUUCACCCAGUCCCACCUCUCCACGCUCUCCUUCCUGGCCUAUGUUCUCUGCUCCCUCAAGCCCUCAGACUGCCUCCUGCACCUCCAGCGAUACCUCUCCACUCAGCCCGCCUCUGCGGAAAGCCCGUGCACUGUACGCUUGUAAAGCCGAGCAUGACUCUGAGCUCUCCUUCGCCGCAGGGACUAUAUUUGAAAACGUUCAUUCAUCACGGGAACCAGGCUGGUUAGAGGGAACGCUGGAUGGACGGAAAGGUUUAAUCCCACAGAAUUAUGUGGAAUUUCUUUAAGCUUGGACUGGAACAUGAUAAACUACUGCGGUGUGUCAGUAGAGGACUGGAGCUGGUAAAAUCCAAAAGUACAGAUCUCAAAUUUUAGGUCUUGUGGUGUGUGUGUGUGUGUGUGUGAGUGUGUCCAACCGUUUGAUGGUAAGAAUGCUUGGCUACUUUAAACAAGCUGUUUUAUUUUUCUGUUUUUUAAAAGCACUGCCACUAGAAAAAAUCCUCAAAAGUUCACUUCAAAGAGAGAGUAAAAAAAUCCCUUUGGGAUUGAUUCUUAUUAGCUUCCAUCAGUGUAGGAGUGUUUUCCAGGAUGCUGUUCAUCAGAAAUACAGUAGACCCUUGAGUUACGAACGGUUUACCAUAUGAACAUUUUGGGUUACGCAAAUCUUUUUCAACUUAACGAACAAAUUUGAGAUUACAAACAGAAAUUCGCGAAACACGUGAUGUCACGAACACAUUCUCUCCGACCAUCUCUCUCUCUCUCUCUUUAUAUAUAUAUAUAUAUAUAUAGUCAGCGGACUGUGUUUUUUCUGUUUUCUUUAUAUUUUGUAAAAUUCUAUAUUAAAAUGGCCUGAAAGAAGAUACAGAGAAAGUGCAUUGGUGAGAAAAUAAAACAAUCUAAUGCUAUUUGUUGUUGUACAAUUAUUCCUGCCAGUAGCUGUCACUGUGUAUCAGACAGAGGGGACAAUGAGUGAGAGAGAAGAAGGAAUUCGGCUCAGUAAAGUAUUCUUUCAUGCAAUUACACCUACAAAAUACAAUACUAAUGAAAUAAAGAAGGAAAUAAUGGAGAAAUAUGAGAGUUAUUGUUUCUGGUAGAUACAUUUUAUGAAAAAAGAAGGAAAUUUAUUAUGGUGUAUAGUACAGCACAUGUGCUGUACUGAUAUGUGGUGUGUUUUGUAUGUACAGUACUACUGUGUAUUGUUGUUUAUUACAGGAAUGUCUAUUCUAUAAUUUAAGAUUAAGGGAAAAUAUACUUGUAUUUAUAACUAAAAAGACCAUUUAAGACAUUAGAAAGGUUAGGUGAGGGGGAGGUUUGGGAGGUCUGGCACCAAUUAAUUCUAUUUACAUGAUUUCUUAUGGGAAAAACAGGUUUAACUAACGAACAUUUUGACUUAAGAACAGCCCUUCAGAACCAAUUAAAUUUGUAAGUCAAGGGUCUACUGUACUGGAAGAUUGAGGGUCUAUAUGAAAUUUAAAAUGUGAGUACUCUUGCUGUUUUAGCUUAAUUCUAGGGAAAAAGAACUGACAGAAAAAGCUUCUGUGCAGUCUGGGGUUUUUAGGAACGUUUUGGCGUCUGUUAGAUUUUCCUGUCAUAUGUUCAGUACUACUAAUACAGAAAGUGCUUAUUUGUGGAAAGUUAUAAUUCAUUUUACAUUCCUUCGACUUGCACUCUAGCAUUUAAGAAUGCAGUUUUUAAAAUUGCUCAUUUUUUUGCAGGUAUGGAAAGAGUGAAAAGUAAAAGAAUGUGAAUCAAGCUAUGCUAAGUGUAAACCACUUAUUUAAGAUUUAAGACAUUCUCUUGAUUUAAAUGUGUUUUCUAGAGUGUAUUAUUAACAGUGUAAAUAAUUGACAGCUGAUCAUAAGUUCUAUGUAAAUAAUCCUACUUUGUAUCCGAGCUUACUAACUUAAUUCCGGCACCACUGCUGUCCUUUUUUUUACAUUUUUACGACUAUGUAAUUUAAUUGUGGGAGCCUUAAUGUUCUUUAAUUUUUUUAAUCAUAUGACAAAUCCUGAUCAUGAUGUUCAUAUUUGUUCUUAAUAAACAUCAGCA